AUGACCUUUUUGGAAUUACCAGAAAUCAGCAUAGCAGACGGUACCCGCUCGGAGGCGUUGUCCCUCACAGCCUUGACUAACAGCCGAUCCGGCGCCUCGACUCCAAUAUCAUAUUCUUCAGCAAAGAGUCUUGCCAAGAGCCUGACCAUAAGUCAACCUUCGUUCUUCGGCAAAGAAACCAAGUUCAUUAUUUCUGUUGCAGAGGCAGACUAUGAUGUCGCCGCUGAUCUUAGGGCGAGCUUUCUGGAUAGCUUUGGCUCCUACUCAGAGGCGAAAUCCCAGUACCACAAUGAAUCUUUUAGUCAACUGCAAUUCUUGUUGUCUUUUAUAGACUUUGUCAAUGACUCACUGCAGCAAGAGACGCGCCAAAGACGUGAAAUCUUGGAAGUUCUUCGGGCAUCCGUUCAGUGCGCUGAAGACACUGUGCUGGCUGGAAACGACGUUCAUGCAAUUGUUGGACAAUUAUCCAUUCCCAGAAAAGAUAAGAUGAACAUUAUCAGGGCCUUUUUCAGAGCAAAGUUCUUCUUGAAAGAGCCUAAUGGUGCUCAUGCCUCUCACCUGCUUCGGUCGAGCCUCGAUGGGCAAUCGGUGGUUUACGCAGUCUUCGGAGGGCAGGGCAAUGGCGACGACUACUUUGUGGAAAUAAUCGAGCUUUACGACACUUAUCAACAUAUAAUCGAGGGGCUUGUUCAGUCGGCUUCAGAUCUGUUCCAACGUCUUUCAUGCAACACAGAUUUUAUCGAUUGCUUUCCUGAGGGAAUGGAUCUGAUGUCUUGGCUAGGCAAAGAAAAAAACGCAACCGAGCCGUCAAAGUCUUACUUGCUGUCCGCACCGGUCUCGCAAGAGCUCCUUGGGUGUGGCUUAGAGGAGAUGCCAAAGUUCCUUGCCGGUGUGACGGGCCACUCACAAGGAAUUAUCGCGGCAGCGGCUAUCUCUGCCGCAGAUUCUUCAGUCUCCCUUCAAGUUCUAGCCCUUCAAGCAAUAACCUUGAGCCUUUCCUUGGGGGCUCGUAUUCAUCAGUCAUAUGGAUUACGCACGUUACCACGAGCAAUGGUUCAGAUCUGCUUAGCCGGGGAGCAGGAGAUCCCUAGCCCGAUGCUCUCUGUUCGCGGGUUGAGCAUGGAAACAUUGACGGCCGCGAUCGUCGGGCUUAACAAUCGCUUGCCUGGUACAGAUGUACAAAUGGAGGUGUGCCUCAAGAACGGUGACUUGAAUUUCGUGGUGACCGGCGCCCCAUUGUCACUUUACGCACUCUGCACCCAUCUCGAUCAAGAGUUUCCUGAAGUAUCGAGCUCAGCAAAAAAGCCACUCGGGGUAGUCCAUCAGUUCCUUCCGGCUGCUGCACCAUAUCAUAACAGCUACUUCGCUGCCGCCGCAUCGAAGGCAAUUUUGGACUGUCGGGAACUCAACUGGAGAGGAUGCGAUUUGAAACUUCCAGUCUUUUCGACUGUCAACGGAUUAGACUUGCGAAGCCGCGGCGAGGCUAAUAUUAUACCUGAUCUGAUUCGAAUGGUUGCUUGUGAAGCUGUUGACUGGCCUGCUGCAUUGAACAUGUCUGAUGCUACGCAUAUCCUGGACUUCGGACCAGGAGGCACACAAGGUGUUGGGCCACUGGCACACUACCUCAAGGAUGGCCGAGGAGUUCGCAUUAUACUGGCAACAGUGUCGAAUGGGUCUAAUGUUGAGCUGGGCUAUAAACCGGACCUAUUCGAUCGUAGUCCUGGAGGCUAUCAGCGAGUACUAGGUCAUCAGUCCUGGGCUCGCCGUUUCCGACCUACCCUUGUGCGUUUCGAGGCGAGUAAGCGGCUCCUCGUCGACACGAGAUUCACUAGGCUGUUCUUGCUACCCCCUGUUAUGGUGGCAGCCAUGACUCCGACUACGUCGUCGUGGCAGUUUGUCACCGCAACAAUGAACGCUGGCUACCACGUUGAGCUGGCUUGUGGAGGUUUCCACGAUGCUGCAUCCCUCUCCGAGGCUAUUGCGAAUAUUUCGAACAAUGUUGAUGCUGGAAGAGGUAUCACUUGCAAUGUAAUUUAUAGCAAUCCUACUAAUUUGCGAUGGCAAAUCACGGAAUUACAGCGCUUGGUUGAGUCUGGUUAUCACAUUGAUGGCCUGGCGAUUGGCGCCGGUGUGCCCUCGCCAGACGUUGCACGGGAGUACGUUGAACGACUUCGUCUCCGUCACAUCGCCUUGAAGCCAGGCUCGAUCGAAGCCAUUCAAGCAACGCUCGAAAUUGCAAGGAGCCUAGAACCUCUACCUGUCGUUCUCCAAUGGACAGGUGGCCGUGGUGGCGGCCACCAUUCUGACCAAGACUUUCACUCGCCAUUACGGCAUAUGUAUGGCAGAAUCCGGGCACAUCCCAACGUCGUCCUGGUAGUUGGAAGCGGCUUUGGGAGCUCGGUUGAGACAUUUCAAUACCUCACAGGAGACUGGGCAACAGACAUGGGCCUAGCGUCUAUGCCAGUUGACGGCGUGCUUCUCGGUAGCCGUGUAAUGGUGGCUAAAGAAGCAAGGACAAGCCCAGCAGCCAAGGCUGUCAUUGUGGCAACCGACGGUGUCCAGGAUAGUGAAUGGCAGGAUGCAUCUUCAUGUGCUGCAGGCGGUAUUCUAUCUGUUGUUUCGGAAAUGAGACAACCUAUUCACAAGAUUUCCACUCGCGCGGUUAGGCUAUGGCAUGAAUUCGACCAGACCAUCUUCUGUCUAAGUGCGGAGAAACGAGUGGCGGAGAUUACUGCACGCCGCAACGAAAUCAUUCAAAGACUCAAUUCUGACUAUCACAAGGUAUGGUUCGGAUGCAGUGGACUCAGCAAAGAUCCUGUGGAACUUGAUGAGAUGACAUAUAGCGAAGUGCUCUAUCGUUUUGUCGAUCUCACUUACGUCAGAGCCGAGAAUCGAUGGGUCCAUCUAUCAUGGAGGAAACUUCUUUUUGAUGUGCUCGUUCGAACUUUGGGACGCUUGUCUCGAAGCGGCACCUCACGAUCAGCAGUCUUGCUUAAUGGACCCGAGGACCUAGAUGACCCUUACACGACUCUGGCUUCCAUACUGGCUGUAAUACCCAAGGCUACCACACAGCUGAUUGCUUAUGAGGAUGUCAUGUACUUUCUGCAUAAUUGCCGCCGACGUGGACAAAAACCGGUACCAUUCGUGCCAGUCCUUGACGCAGACUUCGAAACAUGGUUCAAGAAGGAUUCCCUCUGGCAGUCCGAGGAUCUCGCAGCGGUGCCGGAUCAAGACAUAGGUCGUGUAUGUAUCUUGCACGGUCCUGUUGCGGCAAAAUACUCGACAACGGUCAACGAGCCAAUCAGUGAGAUACUAGGACAGAUCCAUGAUGGAUGGGUCGCCACGAUUCGCGAGGCCUACGGCCAUGGCCAGAUCCCCAGUUUUGACCACUCCCCCCUGAACGCGACCAAAGUGGCAGAUUCCAAUCAUUAUGAUGGUCUCCCAGCACCUCAUGCAAGCCAUGGACUUCGUACCCUAGCACACUGGAUUUCUUAUAUUAAGCAAUGUUCCAAUAAGAGCCUGAGUUGGGCCAAGGUGCUGCUCACUCUUGAAAGAGUGAGAAAAGAGCGACGGCUGGCCCCAAAUCCAUUUCUGGCCGUGGUUUCUGGCUUAUGCAGCAUGGACGUGCAUGUUGCUGACAGUUCAGAGAGCAAUAUUAGAGGCGGAUUUUCGUUCCUGAUUCGCCUUCCUGAUCAAACCUUUCUCAAGGUAGUAGACUUGAGUUUGCAGCCAUGUGGUCAAAUUAUGAUCGAGAUCAGCCAUCACCAGAGUGUACGGUAUACGCCAACUACUGUCGCCUACUCCCUCUCAUAUCGACCUGGGCUUUCGACAAUUGCGAUUUCAGACUGUUGCGGUGACCAGCCUUCCAACAUGAGGGCCUUCUACCAUAAAGUUUGGCUUGGGACAAGCCAGGGACCGGAAGGUGUUUCCAUUUAUGACGACUUCGAAUGCGGACCAUACACUGUUACCGCGGAUGCCAUCCGAGAGUACGAUACGUGCACCGGGACGCCUUCUUCUAUGGCCAACGCAACUUUGGAGGCUCCGCUUGACUUCUCUGUCGUGAUAGCCUGGGAAGCCUUGGUGAAGCCACUCUUUAGCCGCGAGCUCGCAACAGAUAUGCUUAAGCUCCUCCAUAUCUCGAAUCAGACAAGACUUUUGCCGGGUGAAUCUCUGCCUGUACCUGGUGACACCCUGUACACCAAAGCUCUCGUCGCCGAACUGGCAGUUCAGUCUGCCGGAAAGAUGGUUGAAGUUCGAGCCCGGAUCUUCAGGGCUAAGGCUUGCAUCUUGGAGAUAGAAGCACGAUUUUUCUUUGUGGGAAAUUAUGAGGACUCGCAUGGCUCGUUCCGGAGGUCGACCGUUCCCUCGACUCAGCUUCUCUUGAAAGACCAGAUAAGUGUGGUUAGGCUGCACGAAAAGCCAUGGUUUCAGCCUCUUACUUCCGUCCCAGAGCUUGUCGGCAAGCUGGUCGUUUUCGAACUCGAGCGCUUCAUAUAUUCGGAUAGAGAAGGAAGACUCAUAGAGCAACGAAUCACUGGAUAUGCCGCGUCAGAUGGGAAGAUUAUCGGUAAAUGUGACCUAAUCAGUCACGACGACAGUCAUUUGGACCUGACCCACAACUUUCUCGGUGAACAUUUGAUCGCGCCUAGUCAGCCUACUCUCCUGAAGACGCCAGUUGAUCUCCUCCACGGAGAGAAACUUAUCCUCGUCGCUCCAGAGAAGGACCAGAGUAUUGCAUACGCCGCUGUCAGUGGCGACUUCAACCCGAUCCACGUGGCCCCUGUCUUUGCCUGUCUGGCAGGCCUCCCACGCCCGAUAGUGCAUGGGAUGCACAUCAGUGCCGAGCUUCUACAUGUUGCCUACACCUGGCUUUGCGACGGAACGCGGAGCAUGCUGAGGAAGUCAAAUGUCUCGUUUAUAGGCAAAGUUUAUGAAAAAGAUCGCCUUCGAGUCUCGUUCCAGCACGUCGCCAUGCAUCGAGGAUUGCGGGUCGUGCAGGUUGAAGUGCACAAAACGGUAACCGAGGAGUUGGUGCUCAAGGGCACGUACGAGAUCGAACAGCCGUCCACAGCACUGGUAUUUACGGGCCAGGGCAGCCAGACGAAGGGCAUGGGGAUGGAGCUGUACAGAAACAGCCGCGCAGCUAGACGAGUCUGGGACAUAGCCGACGAGUACUUCCAACACGAUUACGGAUUUCGUAUCACCGAUAUUGUUCGUAACGAUCCUCACUCCUUGACAGUGCAUUUUGGCGGUGUAGCUGGCCGUCGCGUGCGUUCUAACUACAUGGCUCUGGCUUCAGAACGCGUUGAGUCAGAUGGCCAAGUCUCAAAAGUGAAGUUGUUUCCCACAAUCGACCAGUACACCACAAGUUACGCUUACACAUCAGAGUCUGGUCUGUUAUCGUCCACACAGUUUACUCAGCCUGCCAUCGUUCUCAUGCAGUUAGCCAUCAUAGCGGACUUGGAGGCUCGUCAGCUGGUUCCGGAUAGUGUCGUCUAUGCGGGGCAUUCACUUGGGGAAUUCUCAGCCUUAGUGGCCUUGGGUGGCAUCAUGGAUCUCAAGACACUCAUCUCCACAGUCUUUUACCGUGGGUUGGUCAUGCAAUCAGUUGUAGCAUGUGACGAUCUUGGCCGUUCCCAGUUCGCCAUGUGUGCUAUAGACCCGACUAGGGUAUCCAAGGGUAUGGAUAACUGUCGAGAGAAUUCCUGA